AUGAAAGAUACUAAGGACGAUGUUCUAAAUUUCGUAUCAGACAUUAAGAAAAUUGAAACAUGGAAAUACAUUUAUGAAGAAAAACUGAAACUUUUUUGUUUGAAAAAAUUAAUUCAAAAAGAAAUGAUAAUGACAAAAGUUGAUAAUGUUAAUAUGCAGAAAGAUGAAUGUACAGAUGAAAAAAAUAAAAAUAUAAAUUUAAAGCUAGAUGAAAAAAUAACGACGCAGACUCGUGGUAAUACAAAUAAAAGCAAAUUAUCUUUUUUUCUAAACUCGCCAUUAUUUUAUGAUAAUUAUUUUAACUUAAAAAAAAAUGAAAAGAAAGAUAAAGCAACAGGAAAGGGUGAAAAGGGGAGCUUGUUAAGCUCAAAGCGCUAUGCGUUACCCGACAAGUGGGGGAACAGUGCUCAGAGUGCAGACAAAUUGGACAGCGAGCACAACGAGUACAACCAACACAACCAGCAUAUAACUGAUGACAGUAAAAUAAAAGAGCCAUAUAAGCAGGAAAAUGUGAGGAACUCUGAAAUGGCUAAUCAAAGGGCUAAUCAAAUGGCGAAUCAUAAUGAUGACUCAAAAAAUGAUGAAAAUGAAGAGUGCAUAAGUAAUUCUGUCAGAGGGGAUAAAAAUAAUUCGAAAAAUAAACAUAAAAAUUGGAUUGAUGAAGGAGGUCAUAGGAAAGACAUAGACAAUAGGGAUAGUGCUAAAAAUAAUUCUCAUAAUGUUAGGAAUAUUAAUAGGAACAUAGCAAAGAUUAAUUUAUUUUCUAUUCGAAAUAUCCCUAAUGAAAAUUGUGCACUUAAUGGUAAUAAGGAUGGAAAAUAUGAAUAUGUGGAAGGAAGUGAAGCAGAUAAUUUGGAUUACCAUAAAAAUAAUGUUUUCACUUUCGAUAAAAAUGAAAAAGAGAGUGAUAAAUAUGGUGCUUCAAAAAGAGAAAAAAAUUGUAAAAAUAAGAGUAAAGUGAAAUUUAAUUUUAAUAGUGUUACUACGUAUUAUUAUAAUUAUGAAAGUAAUAAGCGCGAAAAUGAAAUAGUGCAUGAUUACACCUGUCUUAGUAAUAGGUGCGCAAAGGAGAAGAUGAAUCCGAAAAAAAAAAAAAAAAAAAAAAAAAAAAAUAAUAAUAAUAAUAAUAAUAAUAAUAAUAAUAAUAAUAAUAAUAAUAAUAAUAAUAAUAAUAAUAAUAAUAAUAAUAAUAAUAAUAAUAAUAAUAACGCAAAUAUAAUUAUAAAUGUAAAUAAAAAUAAUAAUGCAGAUAUAAAUAUAAAUGUAAAUAACAAUAAUAAUGCAGAUGUGAAUAUAAAUAAUAAUGAAAAAGGGGGACACAAUUCGCCUAAGAAGAAAGCACAUCUUAACAAUUCUCUCAACGGAAACCAUGUACAUUCAUGUAAUUACCAAGAAGAAUAUGCAGGAAAUGUAAAGAUGAACGAAUGUUAUAGCAGUUUCUGUAGAUUAUCAAGUGAUAUUCAGUAUAAUAAUGCACCCCAGUCAGACUAUUUAGAAUUUAUAAAAGCUAUGUUUAUUAACAUGCCCUUAGAACAAAAAAAAAUAUAUUUCGUGGAAAUCAGUAAAAAAGUUAAUGCCAUGAUAAAGGAAGAAGUAAUUAAGGGUAUACCGGAUCAUAUAAGGGGUUUUGUGUGGCAAAUACUGGUUCAAUCAUACGCCUACAGAGAGGGCGAUAACAACGGUAGUAGUAGCAGAAGCAAUGUUGGAAAUAAUGCUAGACGAAAUGAUAGAAGUAAUGAUAGAAGUAAUAGAAGCGAUAAGGGAAGUGGCAGUUAUAACAGGAAGGACGAUAAUAACAGGAAUGAAAGGAGCAGCACUGAUCUGGGAAGGGGCUACAAAUACUACCUAAGCAUAAACAAUAAUUACGAAAGUGCUAUCAAAAAGGAUAUUAACAGAACGUACCCGAAGCAUAUUUUAUUUAAGAAUAAUUAUGAAAAAGGUCAGCAAAUAUUGUUCAACGUUUUAAAAGCUUAUAGUAAUUACAAUAAAGAUUUAGGAUAUUGUCAAGGAAUGGCUUUUAUUGUAGCAACGUUUAUAUUAUAUAUGAGUGAAGAAGAUGCAUUUUAUAUGUUAAUCGCUUUAUUAGACAAAUACAAACUGAAUGAUCUGUUCUCCUCUGAAAUGCCUUUAUUAAAUGAAUACUUACAUAUUUUUGAUAAAUUAUUAUACUAUACGUUUCCUAAAAUACAUAAUCAUUUACAAAAAGAAAAUGUACAUUCCAGUAUGUAUGCAUCUCAAUGGUUUGUUACUCUCUUUUCAUACAAUAUCAACAUCCUGUAUGCGGUAAGAAUAUGGGACAUUUUUUUUAUAAACAAUUAUACUUUUCUUUUUAAAGUUUCACUUGCAUUUUUUAAAUUACAAGGUCAUAUUAUUUUAACCGAAUCAUUUGAAGAUAUACUAAACAGAUUAAAGGUUUUGUCUAAACAUGUCGAACUGGAUAUGCUAAUCAAAACGGCUUUAGAAUUAAAAAUAAAGAAGGGGCUCAUUCGAAAAAUUUCGUUGGAGUAUAAGAGUGCAAAGGUUAGGGAGUAG